AUGGCCGAGGAACGGCUCAAGAGGCGGAGAUUGCCCUCACGGCAUGCUUGCAUAGGGUGUCGAAAGAGGAAACAUCGAUGCGAUGGCGAGCGCCCUGAAUGUGGAAACUGUCGAAGCCGGUGGAUCACAUGUCUAUAUUCAUCCGAUGCAACGACCUCGAGCCCGUCGUCCCUAGGGGAGACCGGGGCUUUCUCGGCAUCCAAUAUUCACAAUCCACAACGUGGUGGCUCCGAGCCACGGCACACUCCGACCCUCAUGAAUAGACAGCAGAUUCAGCAACAACUGGUACAGCAACAACCGUCAUCGCUGUCCAUCUUAAACCCAAGCACUGAGACUAAUGGUUUGGACAUCCUUUGGAGCGCCUCAGCAGACCACUUGAGAGUCUCAGGUGAUUCUGUACAUCUGGCUGGCCCAUUGCCGCACCAAUCGAAUAACAUUCAACCGGGCGUGUCCGCAGAGCUACAAAACAGUGCUUCAAAUCCCUCGUCUCCAAGUGACUCUGGCGGGCCUGAUGGGUACUUUGGAGAUUCAUCAACAUUUGCCUUCGUAUCAAAGGUACAGCCUGAGUCUCAAAAUAACAAUGGAGUACAUCUGCAAAACAGCCGGUAUCAACCCACGGGGGGUAACGCCAACUGCAAAUUCAGAGAUAAAGAAACAGUUUAUGAACUUCCAGAGCGUCACUUGGCCGAUAGUUUAAUUGACGGAUACUUCGAUCGUGUCCAUCCGCUUUACCCAUUUGUUCAUGAAACUAGUUUUAGAGCUGAGUAUGAGAAGAUGUGGGCAAACUUGUCCGGAUCGAUCUUACGACCGUCGUGGUAUGCACUUCUCAAUCUGGUAUUUGCCUUGGGUUGCGAGUUCUGUGAUGCAAUUCCAGAGGGAAAGGUCAUGACUACCGUUUCACCUUUUGUGGCUCGGUCCCGAGACAUUAUCUUCUCCCACAUAUUUAAGAAAGGCAAUUUGGAACUGAUCCAAGCCCUACUUUUGAUGUGUCAUUAUCUGCAGGGUACUCUAGAGCUCAAUGAAUGCUGGAAUCUCGUUGGGUUGAUGAUUCGGACUGCCGUCACUAUUGGCCUUCACUUGAAUCCCGAUGGCUUCUCGCUCUCAACUGUAGAAAGGGAAGUCAGAAAAAGAGUUUGGUGGGGCUGCUUCAUUAUUGAUCGGACUUUGAGUAUGAAAUUUGGCCGGCCGCCGUCAAUUCAAGCAGCAGAUGUGUACGACGUACCGUUGCCAUUACCGGUAGAUGACCAAUAUAUUCACGACGACUCGUUGGCUCCUCGACAGCCUGCUUGCCGCCCGUCAGCAACGGCAUUCUUCAUUCACACCAUAAAAUUGUCCAAAGUAAUCGACAAUAUUCUGCGAGAUCUGUACACUACUAACAAGAGGGCGUCUCGACAAGCUGGUGUAGAUACCAUGUUACCUGAAAGCUCUAAUCAAUCUCAAUUUUUUGGCCACGCAGUUCUCUUAGAUGGCCAACUUCAGUCUUGGUGGGAAGAAGUACCGGCGCAUCUUCGUCCCGAAUCUGUGGUUGCAGAUGGACAGAUCUUCCAACGUCAACAAACUGUCAUGCAGGUUAGAUACCUGCAAAUACGCAUCCUUCUGCAACGGCAACUGCUCCUUAUAUUCAGCCGGCAACAAAUUGACGACCAUUUCCUCCGAGCUAUUGCCAUUGCGGGCUCUCAAACUUGCAUAUAUGCUGCUCGUCAGACCGUACAAAUUAUCUACGGUCAAUACCAUCGUCGAUUACUCAAUUCGUUAUGGUAUAACCUUCACUACAUCUUCACAUCAAUGGGAGUCCUACUACAUGUCCAGAUGAUGGAUAAAUCUAGAUUGGAAUUGUUGGGCCAGGAACUCGAACAAGAAACGCUCGAAUGCGGUAUGGAAUUCCUGAAAUCUGCCGGCAAUACAAGCAACUUAGCGGCUAAAUAUGUCACAAUGCUGCAAUGCGUUCGAAAUCAGACAAAACAAUGGUCGAAGGACAACGUGCAAAGCAACAGAAUGCAUGGAAACGGCUUUGGACUUGCUUCUCAACAGACGAGGAACCUCGAAGCAUCAAAAUCCCCAUUGACUUCCACAGCACAACCACAAUUUCAAGCACAUGGGCAACAAAAUUCCCAAGGAGAUAUUGAUCUAGAUGGCAUGAACUUUGACGACUUACUGUUCGGCACAGGAUUGCCGCAAGACGUCCUCUCAUUCAAUUAUCCUAACGGUGGAUUCUUACUAUGA